AUGUACAUGUUGGGAAAAAGUAAUGUUUGGGAAAAGCAAGUAUUGGAGAAUAGUAAAUGUUGGGAAAAAUUAAAUGUCAGAAAAGUAAAUUCAUGGCAACUUUUAGAUUUGGGUUCAAGUUCCAAACCUGGGUUGACCCAAACACAAACCUCGGAACACUAA